GUUUAGCUUCCUCACGUUAUAAAACAAAAUGGAUUGCGAACAAUGUACGGAUAUGUUUAAACCUGAGGUAUCUAUUAAAUGCGUUAGCUGUCAAGGUAACUUCCAUCACGAAUGUAUUGGAUUAUCAGAAGGUGAUUUUAAGAAAAUGUUGCCAGUGAAUAAGGCCAAAUGGAAGUGUCCUAAUUGUAAAAUUUCUAAAAAGAUUGGUCAAAGCAGUCCCCAGGAGCUGACCGCGUCUCAACCGCAUCCUAUUUCAAACGUUGAUGCAAACUCUUUAACGUCUCAUUUCGAUGAGCGUUUAAUAGAUUACGCUCGACUAUCGAGUCAUUCAAAACUUUUAUGACUGACGAAUUGAAAAAAGUUACUGAUGCGGUCAAGAAGUGGACUGAAAGAAUUGUAAACAUCGAGUCAUCUGUAAAAAGUGUCAAUCAAAGAAUAGAUAAUUUUGAGGUCGAAUUAUCUAAAAUAGAUAGUUUGCAAGCGGAACUAAAUAACUUAAAGACAUUGAUCAAGGACUUAAAGGAAAGCCACAGUAAGGAUGAGCAAUGGGUUCGGCGCUCUAAUAUACAGAUUAAUGGCAUACCUCAAAAAAAGGGCGAGAAUUUAAUAAAUAUAGUUAAAUUACUUGCUGAAAGAUCAGACUUUAAAUUGUGCCCUGAUCCUGACAUUGACUUUGUUACUCGAGUAGCCGCCAAAAAUGAUUCGGACAUUAAAAAGCCUAAACCUAUUAUUGUGAAGAUGCGGGCUCGAUAUAAAAAGGUUGAUUUCUUGUCAUCACUUCGCGAAUUAGGAAGCAUCAAGGCGUCCGACAUUGGAUUUCCAGGGCUAGAAGCCAAACGUCUCUCUAAGGAAAAAGGUUAUGUCUAUUGUUGGGUCCGGAAUUGCACGAUUAUGGUACGAAGAGCAGAUAACUCGCCCGUACUCCACAUUACAUCUGAAGAAUCUUUAAAAAAAAUCUCCUAAGCGUUAACUCGUUAUUUAAUGUUUUUUUUACUUACUUAAUUUAUUAUAGGCAAUCGUUAUAUUUUUUAUAUUCUUAUAUUUUUUAUGUAAUUCUUUGCAUUAUAUAUUACUUUAUACCUUAUCAUCGAAUUAAAUUUGAUGAAAUUGCUAUGCUUGUCGGUGGGUAUGAGUCUAAAUCUUGUGAUAAGUUAAUUUUACUUCUUCUAUUUAAUAAAAAUAAGCCUAGGGGUGAUUGCUCAGAUAGUACUCUACUUAAGUACUGGAUCAUGUUAUUCGAAAACUUUAAUUGGACAAUUCGUAAUAACCAGAAUGCAUAUUUGUAUAUUUUUCUAUAUCCGCCAUGAUUUUGGAUAUUUUUUACCACAACGCUCGUGGCUUACGCGCCAAGACAAAACAAUUUUAUCUUAAUGUAUUAAAUCAUAACUAUGACAUUAUGUGCCUAACAGAAGCGUGGCUUUUGGAAGGUAUUUUUGACGAGGAAUUAUUUGAUACCCGAUAUACUGUGUAUCGUAAUGACCGUAAAUAUGACUGUCUUGAUGUGGAGAGAGGGGGUGGAACAUUAAUAGCUAUUCGUAAGGAAUUUUCUGUAGACAUGUGUAUUAGAGAAUUUUCACCAACCCAUCCUCAUGUCGAUAUUACAUACUUAAAAAAUAUAUUGCGGCACAACUUACCACAUAAGUCAAUAUUUCUUUUCUGUAGCUAUUUUCCACAAAAUUGUUACCAGGCUGAGUCACAAUUGGAAUUUUUCGAGUUCGUUUCCGACUUAAUUAUUCAUCAUCCACGUCAAGACAUUGUGAUGGUGGGUGACUUUAACGUAAGUAAAUCGGUUUGGUUAUAUGGUGAUGAUGACAGCUCUCUUAAUAUUUCGAAUCCUUCCGCGGAUGUUAUAACGUAUCAGUUAUCUGCAUUUAUAUAUUUUACAGGCUUGCGUCAGUUUAAUCACGUUAUAAUGUAGACGGCAGGUUAUUGGAUUUAAUUCUUUCAAAUUUACACUGUGAUGUGUCUCGUACCGCCCCUUCAUCUGAGCCAGAGGACGCCCACCACCCUGCUCUCUGUCUUAUUAUAGAUAUUUGUUCAAUGAAAGGAAUGUAAGACCUACUAGGCGUAUUGUUCGUUUAUAUCACAAGGCUGACUACGAGGCUGUUAGUGCUGAACUAAACAAAGUUAAUUGCGAGCUUCAGUUAAAUAAUAAAAAUAUAACCGAAGCAGUCGAUACGUUUUAUCAAAUCGUGGACCAGAUCAUACAACAUUUUAUUCCAUCAAAAGUGAUUACUGAAAACAAUAAAUAUCCUUGUCGGCACUCUCGGAGACUAAUUACCUUAAUAAAUAAAAAAUUAAAAUGGCAUAGGAAGUGGAAAAAUUAUGGACGAAUAUGUGAUUACAAUAAAUUAUCAUCGUCAAAUUUUGAAAGAAAAGAAUGAAAUACAAGAAAAAAGAAUUCAAUUUAUGGAAA